UAAAGCCGAGUAAACUGUUUUGUCAGUUUUAAAGUUCCCGAGGAGCAGAUUCGAAAUAAUAUUUAUUUAAAUUCAAAAUUCUACGGCCCUCAUUUAUCAGCCAUCAGCAUGUUCCGGAACCAGCUAAAGCCAACAAAUUUGGCCAAGUGUCGACUCUGCUGGCAACUCCAUCAAGCGACCACAAACCAAAUGCAGACGCAGACACAGACACAGACGCGCCAGUUCCGGGUGGCGGUGAUUGGAGCGGCCGGCGGCAUUGGCCAGCCACUGGCGCUGCUGCUGAUGACCAACAGGCUGGUGACGGAGCUGGCCCUGCACGACCUCGAGGCCACCAAGGGCUUCGGCAAGGACCUGUCGCACAUCUCCACGGUGUGCAAGGUGAAGCCCUACUUCGGAGAGGACCAGAUGGAGAAGGCCAUCAAGGGCUCACACGUCGUGAUGAUUACGGCGGGGAUGCCGCGCAAGCCGGGCCAGACCCGGGACUUCCUGUUCGACACCAAUGCCCCGAUAGUGGCGAAGGCCGCUUGCCUGGUGUCCCAGCAUGCGCCCAAAGCCCUCGUGGGGAUCAUCACCAAUCCGGUGAACGCCGUGGUGGCCGUUGCGGCGGAGGCGAUGAAGCAGGCUGGCAGCUACGACCCCAAGCGGCUCUUUGGGGUGACCACGCUGGAUGUGGUGCGGGCCGAGAAGUUCAUCGGGGAGCACAUGGGCGUCCAUCCGUAUGAGAUCAGGAUACCCGUGGUCGGAGGCCACGCCGGCACCACCAUCGUGCCCAUCUUCUCGCAGUGCCAGCCGCCCUUCAAGGGCGACGCCGAGUGCAUCGCGUCGCUGGUCAAGCGCAUCCAGACAGGCGGCGAUGAGGUGGUCAAGGCCAAGGCCGGCAAGGGCUCCGCCACCCUGUCGAUGGCCUACGCGGCCGCCCGCUUCACCAACGCCCUGCUGCGCGGCCUCAAGGGCAAGUCCUGUGCGCCCGAGUGCGCCUACGUGCAGUCCGACGCCACCGACGCCCCCUUCUUCUCCACUCCCCUCAGCUUCGGCAAGAAGGGCGUCAAGAAGAACCACGGCAUGCCCAAGAUGAACGACAGCGAGAAGAAGCAGGUGAAGGUGGCCGUCGACGCGCUCAAGAAGUCCGCCGCCAAGGGCGUGCAGUACAUGAACAAAAAGUAGUGUGGUUACUUCAAAAUUGGGGAUCUAAUAAACUAAUAGAACACUUUGCAAGGAAACGCUAAAAAAA